UAUCCAGCUAUGUGACAUUUUGAUACAAAUGCCUCCAAUUUAGCAUUAUUUUAUGUAUUUGCUCAUAUAAUUAGUGCACUGACAAACUAUUCGCAAGUAUUAAAACUGGACAGAUAUAUCUUAUUUUAUUAAUUUCGAUGAAGUGGUCUCCUCCACUGUCUUUCCCGACUCCCGAGCUGUCAACCGCAGUCGAAAAGGGAGGGUCAACAUGGCGUCCGAGCAGGAGAGUUCCAAUGGGCCUGUGAAGAGGUCUAUGAGGGAGAAGGCCAUCGAACGGCGGACCACCAACAAGGAGCACAACAGCAACUUUAAGGCAGGCUAUGUGCCCAUAGAGGAGGAGCGCCUGCACAAGACAGGCCUGAGAGGACGCAAGGGCAACAUGGCUGUCUGCAUCAUCAUCCUGCUCUUCCUGCUGGCACUCAUCAACCUCAUUAUCACUCUAGUGAUCUGGACGGUGAUACGAAUCGGGCCUAGUGGUUGUGACAGUAUGGAGUUUCAUGAAAGUGGGCUGCUCCGUUUCAAGCAGAAGGCAGACAUGGGCGUGGUCCACCCACUGCACAAGAGUACUGUGGGGGGCAGGAAGGACCAGGACCUGGUUAUCACCGGCAACAACAACCCGGUGGUGUUCCAGCAGGGCUCCACUAAGCUCAGUGUUGAGAAAGAGAAGACGUCCAUCACCAGUGACAUGGGCAUAUCCUUCACUGACCCCCGCACUCAGAACACCUUCUUCAGCACAGACUUUGAAAACCAUGAGUUCCACCUGCCCAAAGGAGUCAAAGUACUCAAUGUGAAGAAGGCCUCCACAGAAAGGAUCACCAGCAACGCUUCCUCUGACCUGUCCAUCAAAGGGGACAGCAAGGCCAUCAUCCGUGGCAACGAGGGGGUCUUCAUCAUGGGCAAGACAGUGGAGUUCAGGAUGGGAGGGGACAUUGAGCUCAGAGCUGAGAACAGUAUUGUUUUGAACGGAUCUGUGAUGGUGAGCGUCACUCGCAUGCCUAACUCCUCAGUGGGGGCCAAUGUGUAUUUCGACGAGGGUCUGUUGAGGUACAAGCUGUGUAUGUGUGCAGACGGCACUCUGUUCCGUGUCCAGGUGAAGUAUCAGAACAUGGGCUGCCAGACCUCAGACAACCCAUGUGGAAAGGCUCACUAAAGAGACUGGAACACAAACUGAUGUUACUCCAUCCAUCCUCUCCUACAAUCAACAGAUGGUCUGGCCAACCAGUGUUGAAAUACCAUAGAAUGGUGUACAGUGCAUACUCUAUAUGCAUUCAAACACUCUUUUUUUAUGGUGGUCUUUUUGUUUGUCUGCAUAUUCACCUGGCCAAAUAUAUCUAAUUAAGUGCUAAAGUAUUAUCAUAGUUUUUCUCUGACUAUAUGAAGUAACAGAAGCAGCACUUUACCAAGCCAUCCAGUAUUACCAGUAUUCUGGAUAUUUUUAUUAAUCAUUAUUUUACAUUUAUAUUUCCGCUGGCAGCUGUGUGUGACUCAAAUACAAAUCACCCUGUAUUAGGCAUCAGCCACUGAUCACAUAGUGUGGGGCACAUUUAUUUAUUUAUUGAUUAUGGUUAGUUAAGGAGUUAUGAGGUGGAGUUAGUGGGAUAUGUGCGAAAUAGGAAAGUUAAUUUUAGCCAUUCAGUAUUGCUGAUUGCAGGAGAUAAUCUGUGCUUGUUUAAAGGUCUAGUGUAGAUUUUCAUGAGUUGACUCUCUCAGCACUCUAAAUUGCUAUCUACAUCUGCCUUCUCAUCCUGUACGUGCCAAACAUUGUCUCUGUGUCUUCACAAAGGAAGAGAUUAGAGUGUAUUUAGUUAUGAUGCCAAAUUGAAUUCAUUUCCAUGUGUCUAUAAUACACUGCUCAAAAAAAUAAAGGGAACACUUAAACAACACAA